GAAAAGGGGCAGCUCUCUGUCACGACAACGAAGUAGGGAGAAUUCCACCGCAGUAGGUUCCAUCUGACGUGUACGAGCAAUAUCGUACUUUUAGAACGCAGACGCGGCAAGUUGCUCUACAAGCGCAGUCGUAAAAAAAUACUCGGUCUGUAAAGUUCCAUAUUGUGCAUCUUAUUUGUGUUUUUCAUUCUACUAUUAUGUUAUUUGGCUACAUUUAUCUUUCAAGUUUCUUUCAAAUAUUUUCAAAUUACUGUUAAAUCAAAGUUUAUUAAAGUAUAUUACAAUCUGUGAAAAAAAGCUUAUUCAUAUAUAAAACAUUUAAUUCUAUUAAAUAAUGUUAAUUUUGACUAAUACUCUAUUAUUAAAUAAAGUAAAGUAUAAUACAUAUGUUUGUAAAACUGUAUAUUUUAUAAUUCAACUUUAGUGUAAUUAUAAUAAACUUAAAACGCGUUGAUGUGAAUUGGACAUUUAUAUAUAAAAAAAUAUGUAUAAUACUAAAUUAUAUCUAGGCGAAAAUGAAUUGAAUGCUUAUCAAUAAUUUUAUAGUUAUAAAACGUUUGUAAUAAAUGUAUGCAUUUCAUUCAAUUUCGUUGCUAAACGCGCCGUCGGCUCAUAAUAUGAACAAUAAAAUCUAAAUGUGGAUUAUAAUAUAUAACUUUUAACAAAAAUAUCAUCAGUUAAUGACUUCUGAAUUAGAUAACGUAGAAAAGAGACAUGAUUCUAUCUCGCAGGACUAUUUUUUAAAGAAUGCUAAUGAUCCCAGCAGUAAAAAUCAAUACUCUGAAAAUAAAAUUGUAUCGACUUCGUUGUCAUCACCUCUAUCAUUACCAUCAGUACCACAGUCAUCAUCACCGUGUAAAAUACUUGAGCUAGAUAAAUUAAAGCAACCUCAAAAUUUUAGUGGAAAUCAAAUGGGAAUUUUAACCUCGGAUGAAAAUCGAAUGGAAGAUGAGGACAUUGAUCAACCCCAAACUGGUUCAUCUGGUACUACUGCUGUUAUUACUGCUGCAACUGUUACGACUGCAACGACUGCUGCUACUACCACUGUUGGUACAGCACCACCUACAAGCCCAGAAAGUGAUGCAGAAAUUGAUGACUUUACACCUAAAAGAAAACAAAGAAGAUAUAGAACUACUUUUACAAGUUUUCAACUCGAAGAACUAGAGAAAGCAUUUUCCAGGACUCAUUAUCCCGAUGUCUUCACUAGAGAGGAACUUGCUAUCAAAAUUGGUCUUACAGAAGCUCGUAUUCAAGUAUGGUUUCAAAAUCGUCGAGCAAAGUGGCGAAAACAGGAAAAAGUAGGUCCACAAGGACAUCCAUAUAACCCUUAUUUAAGUGGUACUGCAACACAAUCAUCGUCUACUGUUGUUACUCCAACGCUUCCACAUCCAUUUGCCCAUCUAGGAACAUUCGCUUUGCGUAAACCUUUUGAGACAUUUCGUUACACACCUUUGGGACAUGGGCCUGUUCUUAAUUCUAGUUAUGGAGUAGGCAGCCCUAGUAGUGGCAAUCAUUCUUAUCAUCGUGGACCUCCACCUUUAAUAUCACCACAAAGUAUGCCAGGACUAUCUUAUACAGCGACGGCUGCGUCAUUUCAAACUCUUUUAGCAAAUAUUUCUGCCGCACAACAACCAAAAAUUUCAUUGCAUAGAUCAUCUUCGCCAACAACAACAACAACAACAUCACCAUCAAUUAUAUGUGGUUCAUCUCCAGCUGCUUCAACUUCACCUGCACUAUCAAUAGUACCUUCAGCAUCAGCUAUAACAUUGCCAACUCCUCAAUCUUCAACAACGGCAACUAAUUCUAAUGCAGAAACUAGAUCCUCAACCGAAUCAUUAUUAUCUACUGAAACUAUCAAAAAUUUACCAGCAGAUAUUGAUAGACGAACAAAUAGUAUUGCAUCUCUGAGACUUAAAGCCCGAGAAUUUGAAUUACAUUUAGAAAUGUUGAGAAAAAAUGGUGAUUUAAUUAGCUGAAAAAAAAAAAAAAAAAAAAAAAAAAACAUUUUCAUUAUAUUAUA